AAGUAUUCAAAUGGCACCUUAUGAGGCUCUAUAUGGAAGAAAGUGUAGAUCACCUAUCUGUUGGGAUGAUGUUGGUGAAAGAAAAAUUAUGGGCCCCGAGAUUGUGCAACAAACAGUAGAGAAGAUCCAGCUGAUCAGGGAACGCCUCCGAAUAGCUCAGAGCAGACAGAAAAGUUAUGCAGAUAAUAGAAGAAGGGAAUUGGAAUUUCAGGUUGGAGAUCAUGUGUUUCUGAAAGUGUCUCCUACUAAAGGGGUGAUGCGAUUUGGAAUACGCGGAAAACUUAGUCCACGCUAUGUCGGCCCCUUUGAGAUUCUGGAAAGAGUAGGAGCAGUGGCUUACAAAUUGGCACUUCCACCUUCACUGUCUGGAGUUCACAAUGUUUUUCAUGUUUCCAUGCUAAGAAAGUAUAUUCCAGAUAUGAGCCAUGUGGUAGAAGUGGCUCCCUUGCAGCUUAGAGAAGAUUUGACAUAUCUUGAGCAGCCUGUACGUGUGGUUGAUAGAAAAGAGCAAGUGUUGAGGAGGCGCACGAUUCCUUAUGUUAAGAUCCAGUGGAGCAAUCACUCAGAACGAGAGGCCACGUGGGAGCUGGAGGAUGAGAUGAAGGAAAAAUAUCCGGACCUUUUUGCAAGCUAA